AGUAAUUUUGUUCUUUCUGUUUGAAUAGUGGAAUUAUAUUGGUGCAGCGCAUGUUAAGUGAAUAGUGUAUUUGUAAAUAAAUGCUCUGAAUUUUAAUAGAACAGUAUGUAAACGCACUUUCCCUUACUUGAAUUCUAUUUCUACUUUAUGAAGAAUAACUAUUAUUUUCUGUUAUAUUUAUAGAGCGUUGACAAAAUCAGUCCAUAAUCAAUAUUAUGGAUCCAAGUGAAGUGGAAUUUUUGGGAGAAAAACAACUAGUUAGUAUUGUUCCAAACUUUAGUUUUGGUAUUAUUCACUUAAUUUCUGGAUCGGUAGGACCUUUCAGAGCCGGUUUACCAGUUAAAGUCCCUAUUUGGCUUGCAAUAAGUCUUAAACAACAACAAAAGUGCAGAAUUAUUGCUCAAGAAUGGAUGGAUAUCGAAAAAUUAAAUGAUUCUAUAGAAGCAGAAAAGAGAUCAAAACUUUUUACAAAAAUGCCAAGCAAUCACUUUAUGGAUGAGGCACAAAUGUUACUUAUGGUUGCGCCCGAUGACAUACCCGAUGCUGAUAACAUCAGAACCGCUGUAAAGGAUAUAUGGGACCUGCGAAUGUCUAAAUUGCGCAGUUCAGUAAUUGGUUUUGUUAAAAAUGCAGGAACUUAUGCAAAAUUAGAUCAUCUCACUGCAAUGGAAAUUAAUAGUAUACGCUCAUUAUUACCCGAUGCAUUAGAUAUAAUGCUUCAUAUGGAACACGGUGGUAAACCAACGGUGUUACAAAGUCUCAAUACAACUAUGUAAAAUCAUUUUCAUCGCUGUAUAGAAAAUCAAAUAUAUUUUCGUAUGCUUCUUCU